UGGCCGCAGCGCGCAGGCGUCCUAGUGGCGGGUGCCUGCGUCUCAGGAUGGAGGGUCUUGCCAUUCAUCUGAAGAACAGAGACACAUUAUAAAAUCUGACAUUUUCUCCUACAUUCCUCAAGUCCAGGAAAAUGGAUAUAGCAAGCCCCCCGACUUCCAAAUGCAUCACAUACUGGAAAAGAAAAGUGAAAUCUGAGUAUAUGCGGCUUCGGCAGCUCAAACGGCUCCAGGCAAAUAUGGGAGCAAAGGCUCUGUAUGUGGCAAAUUUUGCAAAAGUUCAAGAAAAAACCCAGAUCCUCAAUGAAGAAUGGAAGAAGCUUCGUGUCCAGCCUGUGCAGCCGAUGAAGCCUGUGAGUGGGCACCCCUUCCUGAAGAAGUGUACCAUAGAGAGCAUUUUUCCAGGUUUUGCCAGCCAGAGUAUGUUGAUGAGGUCUCUGAACACUGUUGCGUUAGUUCCUAUCAUGUAUUCCUGGUCCCCUCUCCAGCAGAACUUUAUGGUGGAAGAUGAGACAGUUUUGUGCAAUAUUCCCUACAUGGGUGAUGAGGUGAAGGAAGAAGAUGAAACCUUCAUCGAGGAGCUGAUUAAUAACUAUGAAGGCAAAGUCCACGGUGAAGAAGAGAUGAUCCCUGGGUCUGUGCUGAUCAGUGACGCCGUUUUCCUGGAGUUGGUAGAUGCCCUCAACCAGUACUCAGAUGAUGAAGAGGAUGGGCACAAUGACACCUCAGAUGGAAAGCAAGAUGACAACAAAGAGGAUAUGCCCAUGACAAGAAAGCGGAAACGCCACGCUAUCGAAGGCAACAAAAAGAGCUCCAAGAAACAGUUUCCAAAUGACAUGAUCUUCAGUGCCAUUGCGUCCAUGUUCCCUGAGAAUGGUGUCCCCGAUGACAUGAAGGAGAGGUACCGAGAGCUAACGGAGAUGUCAGACCCCAAUGCACUUCCCCCCCAGUGCACACCCAACAUCGAUGGCCCCAACGCCAAGUCAGUGCAGCGGGAGCAGUCCCUGCACUCUUUCCACACCCUGUUUUGCCGCCGCUGUUUUAAAUACGACUGCUUCCUCCACCCUUUCCACGCCACUCCUAAUGUAUAUAAACGCAAGAACAAGGAAAUCAAGAUUGAACCAGAACCAUGUGGCACAGACUGCUUCCUUUUGCUGGAAGGAGCAAAGGAAUAUGCCAUGCUCCACAACCCUCGGUCCAGGUGCUCUGGGCGCCGCCGGCGGAGGCACCAUGCGGUCAGUGCCUCCUGCUCCAGUACGGCAGCCUCUGCUGUGGCUGAGACUAAAGAAGGAGACAGUGACAGGGACACCGGCAAUGACUGGGCCUCCAGUUCUUCAGAGGCUAACUCUCGCUGUCAGACCCCUACAAAGCAGAAAGCCAGUCCGGCCCCACCUCAGCUCUGUGUUGUAGAAGCUCCGUCAGAGCCUGUGGAGUGGACUGGAGCUGAAGAAUCUCUUUUCCGAGUCUUCCAUGGCACCUACUUCAACAACUUCUGCUCAAUAGCCAGGCUUCUGGGGACAAAGACAUGCAAGCAGGUCUUUCAGUUUGCAGUCAAAGAGUCACUUAUCCUGAAGCUGCCAACAGAUGAGCUCAUGAACCCUUCACAGAAGAAGAAAAGAAAACACAGGUUGUGGGCCGCACACUGCAGGAAAAUUCAGCUGAAAAAAGAUAACUCUGCUACGCAAGUGUAUAACUACCAACCCUGUGACCACCCCGACCGUCCCUGUGACAGCACCUGCCCCUGCAUCAUGACCCAGAAUUUCUGUGAGAAGUUCUGCCAGUGCAGCCCAGACUGCCAGAAUCGUUUUCCUGGUUGUCGCUGUAAGACUCAGUGCAAUACCAAGCAGUGCCCUUGCUAUCUGGCAGUUCGGGAAUGUGACCCUGACUUGUGCCUCACCUGUGGGGCCUCAGAGCACUGGGACUGCAAGGUGGUGUCUUGCAAAAACUGCAGCAUCCAGCGUGGCCUCAAAAAGCACCUGCUGCUGGCCCCUUCCGAUGUGGCCGGAUGGGGCACCUUCAUCAAGGAGUCUGUGCAGAAGAACGAAUUCAUUUCUGAAUAUUGUGGUGAGCUCAUCUCUCAGGAUGAGGCGGAUCGACGAGGGAAGGUCUAUGAUAAAUAUAUGUCCAGCUUCCUCUUCAACCUCAACAAUGAUUUUGUAGUGGAUGCUACCCGGAAAGGAAACAAAAUUCGCUUUGCAAACCAUUCAGUGAACCCCAACUGUUAUGCCAAAGUGGUCAUGGUGAAUGGAGAUCACCGCAUUGGGAUAUUUGCCAAGAGAGCGAUUCAGGCUGGUGAAGAGCUCUUCUUUGACUAUAGGUACAGCCAAGCUGAUGCCCUCAAGUAUGUGGGCAUCGAGAGGGAGACCGACGUCUUCUAGCCCUCUGGGCCCCGUGCCAGUGCUGUGGUAGCAGCACUGCUUUGGCUUCAGGCAUCCACUGCUGCUCCAGCUUCCGCAAUGUCUUCCACGCCGAGAGACCCCGCCCACCCCUGUAUAACUAGGCCUCCACUUUAUUCCAAGGGGACAAACUGCCUCAGUGAGAGGGGAAACAGAGGCGGCGAAGACCUGGUCACCCAGGAGAGCUCAGAUGUGAGAAGCUGCUCCUCCACAUCAGAGGAGGCGGCUGUGGGCUGGGGUGGAUAUCAGUGCUUGAUUUUUUUUCCUCAGCUCCCAAGCUGUGGGCCCUCAGGAAUCAACCAGUGCUACCAUUUUAGCUUUCCCAAUCAAGAGUUCUUCAGGCAUUGCUAAGUGAAGCCACGUCCCUGGAGCCUGCGUGUGCUCAGGGUUAAAGGUGAGCCUGCCAGGCACUGCAGACAGGACUCAAAGGGAGAUGCGUCUCCCUGACCUUUCUGUGGCUACAGGGGGGAAAGCGAAGUGCCACCAUCCUGUGGAUAUAGGCAGAGCCAGCCAGAGCCUGGGGAAAGGACUGUCCUGUAGACUGGGGUGGUAGGGCAUUUUCAGGUUCCCAGGAGCAGGUGCCAGUGACCCAGCUCCUUCCAGAGUCCCUGCUCAGAGGCAGCAGGCCUAGGCUAUUGCUGAGCAUGGGCCGUGCCUGGUUGGGAGUGCAUACUCUGGGUCACUGAAGCUGCAGUUGUCCUCCGACCCUCCGUUCCUCAGAGGCUAGGUCCAUGGAGCAGCUUUGCUUCUUUCCUCAGGGUAGCUGGGUCUAGUCUAGACUAGAGGAAGAGGUUGCGGGUGUGGUUUACUCCUGUCUGUAGUACCUGCUGUUGGUAGUGUUUGUGGGGAGGGGGGUGGGGGUGCCAUGCACAUUUAGGAGGGUGUCAGUGCAGGGCAGACUGUCAGGCAGACCACCAUUCUCUCUGGGAUUCAUGCAGAACAAAGCACUUUAACUUUCUUUUAGAAGGUCUAUAGAUUGCAGUGGAGUUUGAGCCAAGGUCUCUGGGGUUCCUGCCCAAAUCCCACUUCUGAAGGAGGAAGAGGAGAGUGGAAGAUUCUCCAGUUCUGUUUCGUCUUCUGAGAGGCAGGAGGAGCUGGCUGACACAAGAACAAAAACUGUAGUCAGCAUAGCUGCCUUGGGUCUGGUGUGCUGAGAACAGGGGCAUUGUUCUGGCUGGGAAGGACUCUGGGCAGGUACAGACUGGCCUAGGGAGUGUUAGAUUGGGGAAUAGGCUCCUUGCUUCCUGGAAACCAGAGGUCCUCCCACAGUUCUUGCUGACCACCCCCUUCUCCCAGCCACAGUCAGUGCUUGUCCCACCAAAGAAAUCAGACUCCCUUCCGACUGCCUCUUAGAGAUUUGCAUGGGUGUGCGUGUAACACAGGCCCUCACCACCACACCGGUAGGUACAUGUGUCCCUCACAUCCAGCACCCCGCAGUCCUGACAGUAGCCUCUCCCCACACCCGUUUCCUACCACAGUGUGAAAUUGACAUCUGCCGGUGGUUUGUCUAGUGUGUAUCAGGGAACCGUCAAGCCUAAAUGUAGGCUCUGAAUUACUCAUUCUCUGGGAAACCAGAGAUAGGUAAGGGGGCGCUGGCCGUGAGGAAUGCUUGACACCGUGUUGGUUCUUGACUGACCUCAGCUUUCCCUCAGCAAGCACCCCUGGCAGCCCCUCCUUCCGCAGUCAGGCCACUAAUACUCCUUCAGCUGCCCGUUCCUGGUCCCUGUUGUCUACUACUUUUAAUGACGGGUUUCAGCCCUCCGCUUCUACCCACCUCACAUAAGGAUGGAUAGAGUGAGGUGGUGUGGACUGUUGGGGAGCUGGCGUACAUGUGGCUUUAUUGCCAGUGAAUUUCUUGCACUUUAAAGUCCUGUGGCUUGUGACCUCUUUUAUCUAAUAAAGUGUUAGAAUCCA